UUAUUUAUUUAUUUAUUUUGAUUUUUGAUCUUUAUUUUUGGUUAUUUAUUAUCGUUCUUUUGUUGUUUUUUGGUUAUUUAUUUCUACAUAUAAUUAAAUUCUUAAAUUGUAGUAUAAAUUCAAUAUGACAAACUUACUAUUAUGGAAUGCUAGAGGAAUAUCAAACAAGAGAGCAGAAAUAGAACAACAUAUUAAUAAUUUUGAUAUCAGUAUUAUAACCGAAACCAAAAUGAGCUGUAACAAAGACAUAUACUUCUCCGGGUACAAGGUAGUUAAGAGUUUAAAUCGGGAAAAUUCUGGAGGCAUCGCUAUUAUUAUUAAAAAAGAUAUAGAUUUCGAUACCAUGGAGCCAUGGAUUUAAAAAUCCAAUAAUAUCAAAGCUAUAGGAAUAAGAAUCAAAAAUACCUCGAUUAAAUUUAACUUAAUAGCAGUUUACAGAAAACCGUACGACAUAGAGCCAAAAUCAGCUUGGGAUGAUAUUCUCAAAUUUAGAGGCCAUGAGGCAAAUUCCAUUAUAGCAGGUGAUUUCAAUGCAUACCAUAGUGGCUGGAACUGUAGCAACAUUGAUAGAAAUGGUGAAAACCUUUAUUCGACUAUGUAUAAUAACGGAUAUAUAUGUAUGAAUAACGACAUUAAAUCCAGGAUGGGUUAUAAUAAUCAAAUAGCAUCUAAUCUUGAUUUAAUUUUCGCUAACUACGAUUUAAUUGAUAUUAUAGAUUAUCAACAAAAUGAGGAUUCGUGGGAAUCCGACCAUUACCCACCGAUAUCAAAAAUGUACUAAUAGAAAAUCUUCAGUUAAAACGAAUUAGGACGAAUACACAUGGCGCGUAGAUGAGGAAAUGAGACACAAGAACCUCAACAACAUUAACUUUGCCAACUCGUCAAUGGAAAUAGAAUAUAAUAGAUUCAUACAAUCAUUGACGACAGCGAUACAUACGGCAUCGGGUAAACGAUUAACUGAAAACCCAGAAAAUAUAACUAAAUAUAAACGGACAAAUAAUCAAAAGAAAGGCAAUCCAGUCCGAUGGUGAGACGCUGAAUGUGAAGAAGCUAUAAAUACACGAAAGGAAAAACUUAAGAAGUGGAGCAAAUCUCAAUCUCUACAUGAUUAUAUUGAAUUUAAACGAUGUCGAGCUAUAGCAAGAAAAAUAAUUAGGAAGAAAAAGAAGGAUAGUUUUACUAAUUUUUGCAAUAGUAUAAAUAAAUUUAUUAGUCUAGGUUAUGUAUGGAAUGUUAUGAGAACCUUCAAGAACGUCAAGAAAAAAAUAAACUGGAAUACAUGGCCUACAAAAAAUAGAGAGACAGAAAUAUAUAAAACAAUAGAAGAAUUGGCACCCCCAUGGGUUCCUUCCAAAAUAACCGAAGAGUUAAUAAGUAUUAGUCAAAGAAGCACAGACAAGUGGAACAGUAUAAAUAAAGAGUUCAAUAUGGUGGAAUUUGAUCGAGCAAUAAAUAUGAUUAAAAGGGAUUCAGCACCUGGCAGAGAUGGCAUAGACUACGUCAUGUUAAAAAAAUUACCCUUGGCGGUCAAACAGGUUCUGAUUAACAUAUAUAAUGAAAUUUGGAAAUAUGGACAGCUACCAAUGGACUGGUUUAAAUAUCAAGUAAUUUUUAUCGAUAAAAUAGGAAAAGAAAAAGUAAGGCCCAUUGCUUUGUCCUCGUGUGUUGGGAAAGUAAUGGAACGCAUGGUUAAUGAAAGGCUUAUAUGGUGGGCGGAAAAAAAGAAGAUAUUACAUCACCUCCAAAACGGCUUCAGAAGAGGUAGAUCAUGCGCAGAAAACUUAGUGAAAAUUGUUGCUGAUAUUAGAAGUUAUAUAUAUAAUAACGAAUACACGUCGGUGGCUUUCUUGGACGUAACUUCAGCUUAUGAUAUUGCCAAGUGCUUGCUACAAAUUAUUGUCAGCAAAAAGGCUACAAAUUUGGUGUAAGAAUUGUUAUUACCGAUUAAGCUGGCAGAUUGCCGGCAAGAACCAAGCAAAGCUUGCUAACAUAACUAGACAGCAAAUUGGCGGCAGAAACCGAGCAAAGCUUGCUGACAUGACUGACAUCAGAUUGUCAGCAAAAACUGAACAAGGUCUGAAGUGCGCAAUCUGAUGGCAAAUUGGCAGCAAAAACCGAACAGAAUCUGCAGCUUAUUACAAAGUAUUAUAAAAUAGUUCAGUCGCUUAUCGCUAUGCGGCGCGUUAUUCAUUAUCUAUACCCGUAUUCAAAUUCUUGUCAUGAGUGUAUAU